UGUGAGUGCCUGAGAGGUGGGGGAACCACUGUGUAUAAAUAUAGUGAGAGGAAAGGCACAGACAUAUCAGGAGAGGUCCGGACACUGGAGAACACUCAGAGCUGCCUCUUGUGGUCCCAGCAUAAUGAAGGCUCUUCUAUGGAGUAUGGUUUUAUUUUGCUUACUUUCACACGUGCUUUGUGACUGCCAGAAUGACUGUGUCACCUGCAACAAGCACAUGUAUCAACAGGACAACUUCAACACUCUGCUCUGCAUCGUGGAGUGUGAAGGAAAAAUCUACUCCAGUUCCAUGUGGGGCGUAUGCAAAACAGUCCUCAUAAAGUCCUCGAUACAGCUCAGCAUGGACAGUUUUGAGGAAGACUUCAAACCUUUCGAGGACAGACAGUUCCCCACCAAUUUCAAGCAUCUGAACGACCUCACCAAAAUGGUUGACUUGAGUAAGAUUAAGGAUGAAAAGAGAUUGUCCAAAAUUAGUAAUUUGAUCCGCGAGCAAGAAGAAGACACCAGCAUGGGAGGUGGAGAAACUGCGCUCGGGAUGACCACCGGACCUGACGAAUUUGUAGACUUGCAAAAUCCAUCGAAUGCCAUGUCUAAACGCUUUGGGGGGUUCGUCAAGGGAAAAUACAGCUAUAGGAAAUUCAUGGGCCCAUCGAAAGACCUUCAGAAGCGCUACGGUGGCUUCAUAGGUGUUCGAAAAUCAGCCAGGAAAUGGAACAACCAGAAAAGGUUUAGUGAGUUUCUGCGGCAGUACUUGGGGAUGACCACACGUUCGGCUGAAUAUGACAGUUUUACUAAUGAUAUGAACGAACUGGAUGAGCAAAAUGAGAUCUGAGACUUGUCGAAUGAUGCACAUAGUUGAUUUAGAACUACGAAGGCACAAAGUCAACGUCCACCUUAGAGUAUAAUUUAAGAAGCCCUCACCAAUGUCAUUGGUAUUUUGGAACCAUGCCUAGUGGAUGUACGCAGUACAGCUCGAAUCAUUAUCUUAAAAUAGAUGACAUCUUGGUGAAUAUUUGGCAAAACUGGGAAGUAAAGAAGGGUGGUAUUAAGAAGUAAAAGAAACAAUUAAAUCUGCUGUUUUAAUGUAUGAUCCAAUACCCUUUUCCUUAUAUUUUGUAAAUAUAUGACACGUAUGCUACAUGCAAUAGGGUUUGACAUUGUCAUUUGAAAUCUGAGUUGCAAUUUCAACUGGCCUAUAGUAAUUAAACAUUUACUUGAUAUUUAUAUUGGCUUUAUCAGGGGAGCAGGUGUCCAUCAUCUCCAAUUUUCUUUUAGAAAUGAGUGAAAAUCUCCAAUGGGGACACAGACAGCAAUAAAUCGCCAACAGGGGUUUCUAAAACCUCCCCACUGUACUAAAUAGAAGUGUUUAUUAUUGAUGUCUGUGGCCCUUCUUGGCGAUGACCUUUUCAUUGGCAUGGGAAUCUCCCCAUGGGCACCACAGAGACCGGUAAAACUUGACAGAGCUUCAAUUCUUUCCUUAAUCUAUCAAAAAUCAAACAAUGUUUUGGCUUGAGAUACACUUAAAGAAGACUUAUCAUAUUAAAAUAUUCAUCAGCCAAUUUGAUGCACCUUAUAGAAUA